GGAUAUUUGAAUGGUGUUGCCACGGGCACAUUGGCUCAAAUGGCGAUGAACAACCGAGUCCGAAUUGUUGUGGUUGGGGAUUCGGGUGUGGGCAAAACGUGCCUGACGCACCUGAUCGCCCACAACGAGUCGCUGGUCCGACCUGGCUGGACGGUAGGCUGCAACAUCCAGGUGAAGAUCCAUGAGUUCAAGGAGGGCACCGCCCGCCAAUGCCCCUAUUUUGUGGAGCUCUUCGACGUCGGCGGGUCGCUGAGCCACAAGAACACGCGCAGCGUCUUUUACACGGGCGUCCAUGGCAUUAUCCUGGUGCACGACCUCACCAAUGGCAAGUCGCAGGAGCAGCUGCUCGACUGGCUCUACGAGAUCGUCAACAAGGAGGGCAAGGACACGUACAAGUCGCGCGGCAACUCCCUGCCCCCAUCGCCCACCCCGCUGGGCAGCUUCUCUUGCUCGAACACCUCGGCCACGGACGGCCACGUCCGCUUCGACAUGGAGGAGUUCCUAGGCGCCACGCAGACGCCCAUCCUGGUGAUGGGCACCAAGCUGGACCUCAUCGACGAGAAGCGCCAGCCCAAGACGGCGGUGAAGAAGGCGGGCGGCAUAGCCGACAAAUGUGGCGCCGAGGAGAUCUGGCUAAAUUGUCGUGACACUCGUAGUCUGGCCGCCGGAACUACCGAUGCCGUGAAACUAUCCCGCUUCUUCGACUGCGUCAUUGAGAAACGCGAGUCCCUGGGCGCCACUAGCAGCCUUGCAUUUGGAAUGGGCGGCUUCAUCGCCGGCAGUCCGCCGGACAGGCGGCGUUACGGUCCGACCAGCGGCAAACUGGAACCCAGUUCCGUUCCUCUUCUGGAGACCAACGACCUCAAGUGAUGAAUGCAUUCAAAGUUAGCUCUAAGUCAGGUUGUAUAUAGUUAUAUUGUGCGAGAGUCAUUAAAACUUCAAUUCUGUAUAAAUCUCUCUCACCCUUAAAAACUA